GGGUGGGCGAGGGUUCCGCGUGGCGCCCGGCGGGGUGGCAGCGCAUCUCCCACGAGGUUCCGUAGAGGUCGCCCCGCGGCAGCGUGGCUUUCCUCUCGCAGCGCUGGCUGUGCGUGGGGUGACCUGCCGCCGCGGGGCCCACGCAGCGAGGACCUUAGGCACCCCCCUCCACCGGACGCUCCCGCGGCACGCUCCGCCCCGGAAACACGCCCCCAGCCGCCUGGACGCACUUCUGAAAGUCUCUUCCCCUGUUCUGUCCUCUUCGCAGGGUCCGGGUUGCUCGCGGAGCUCGGUUCUCUCUCAUCAGCCCUGCGCCCCCUCUCCCCCGGGGCGCGGCGGCCCCCCGGGCGCAGCGAUGAAGCGGACCCGCGAGGAGGUGGACGCGACGCUCCAGAUCGCCAAGCUGAACGCGGCCGAGCUGCUGCCGGUUGUGCACUGCCUGGGCUUCGGUCCCGGGGCCGGCGCAGCUGCCGGCGACUUCUGCCUGCUGGAGCUGGAGCCCGCGCUGUGCCAGCAGCUGGAGGCCGGGCACAGUCUCGUGAUUCGGGGUGACAAACAUGAGCAGGCUGUCCUAUGCAGUAAAGACAAAACCUAUGACUUGAAAAUAGCAGACACUUCCAAUAUGUUGCUUUUCAUUCCUGGUUGUAAGACUCCAGACCAGCUGAAGAUGGAGGAAACACAUUGUAACAUUAUUCACACUGAGAUCUUUGGUUUUUCUAAUAAUUAUUGGGAAUUAAGAAGAUGCAGACCUAAAUUAAAGAAGCUAAAGAAACUUUUGAUGGAAAAUACCUACGAAGGACCCGACAGUCAAAAAGAGAAGGAUUCAAAUCAUUCAAAAUAUACAACUGAAGAUUUGCUUGAUCAAAUUCAGGCAAGUGAGGAAGAAAUAAUGGCUCAGUUACAAGUUCUAAAUGCCUGUGAGAUUGAAGGUUAUUGGAGGAUUCUUGAAUUUGAUUAUGAGAUGAAACUUCUGAAUCAUGUAAUUCAGCUUGUGGAUUCUGAAUCUUGGUCUUUUGAUAAAGUCCCUCUGAAUACAUGCCUUCAGGAACUUGGACCAUUGGAACCAGAGGAAAUGAUUGAGCACUGUCUUAAAUGUUAUGGAACGAAAUACAUAGAGGAAGGUGAAGUUUAUUUCGCGUUGAGUGCUGAUAAAAUAUGCAGAGUAACAGCGCAGAUGCUGCUUCAGAACGCGGUGAAGUUUAACCUUGCCGAGUUUCAGGAGGUGUGGCAGCAGAGCGUUCCUGAGGGAAUGGUAACUAGGCUCGAUCAGCUUAAGGGUUUAGCCUUGGUGGAUAGACACUCAAGACCAGAAAUUAUAUUUUUGCUAAAGGUAGAUGAUUUGCCUGAAGAUAAUCAAGAACGUUUUAACAGCCUAUUCUCUCUAAGGGAAAAGUGGACAGAAGAAGACAUUGCUCCAUAUAUUCAAGAUUUGUGUGGAGAGAAGCAAACCAUAGGUGCAUUACUCACUAAAUAUUCUCGUUCUUCAAUACAAAAUGGUGUUAAAGUUUACAACUCAAGAAGACCCAUUUCUUAAAAGAACAACAGUCUGUUCUUUGGGACUAAAGUUGCUUCAUAAAGUUGAUGGUUAUAAGAAAAAGAUUCUUUUUUUUUUUUUUGUAGAGUGAUAUAUUUUAUUUUUUUUCCUUUCUAAUAUUUUUUAUUAUAUUAUGUUAGUCAUCAUACAGUACAAUCCUUAGUUUUUGAUGUAAAGUUCCAUGA